AUGGCCAUGGAGACAGCUGUCAUGGUGGAUCAAUCCUGUAUGAUGAUCAAGACUCAGAUCGGCACCCCCGUCCGGGCCCCAGCCUAUCGCUCAUCAACACCAGCAGCUGCAAACUCCACAGGCACCUGCCAUCACGCUCAGGACCCAGCCUCUCACUCGGGGACCCCGGCUCGCUUCAUACAGCCAGCACUGAACUCCAAGCAGCCUGCCCCUCACCGCUCUCGGGAGUCGCCCGCCGACUGUCCAGGACCCCAGCCUUCGCUCAUCGCCACCACCCACGCCCAGCCCACCAGUGCCCCCCGGGAUAUUCCCCAAUACAAAACAGCGCACUACCCCUGCCUCACCAUCCGCGCACCAGCCACUCCCACGGCCCCCGCCCCUGACAGCCCCCACCGCCUCGUGCGCACAGCCCAGGCUCAUCGACAGCCAGGCACUGAACCUCAGCGCAGGGCCCCUGGCGGCCCCCAGCUCCCGCAUCGCCCGAGCGCCCGCACCGCGCGCCGGCACCGCGUGACCGCAUCCAGGACCCAGGCCUUCGCUCAUAACCCCAGCACUGAACUCCAGGCCCCUCAGCCUUCGCUCAUACACCAGCAACUGACUCCAGGCACCUGCCUCACCUCCAGGCCAGCUCCAGGCCCAGCCUUUCGCUCAUCCACACCACAGCAUGAAUCCAGCAACCUGCCCUCUACCCCUCCAGGCCACCUCCAGGCCCCAGCCUUCGAAGAGAUCAUACCCACCCGAAGCAAUGAACUCCAGGCAACCCCACUUGCCCUCAACCUCCAGGCGCCCCCAGCCUUCGCUCAUAAACACCCAGCUCGACUCCAGGCCCCUGCCUCCACACUCCAGGACCCCAGCCUUCGCUCAUCACCGCACUGA